CAUUUCACAUGAAUAUGAAAACGAAAGACGCAAGAAAGCGAAAGAAAAAUCUUUUCAUUUUUCCGGUAUCCGUGUUUCGCAGAAUAAAUAGAUACGAUAGACGAAAGAGAAAAACUCUAUACUGAAUAGUCACAUGCCGGAUAGGACGAAAAAGAAUGACGUAAUGAUUUCGUCUCAUCUCUAGAUAGAACACAAAAGACUAUAGACAUCGAAGUACUGAUCACAUCAACGUCAACAGCCUUUAUUAAAAGGAUCGUUCUUCUAUAUGACUUCUCAUUAUAUGUUCUUUCUUGUGCGUUUAUCAAGUGGCGCAUUCUUUUUCGUCUAUCAUAGAGUGAAAUAAAGUAAAGAGAGGCAAAAAUGACAGAUAAUUGUCUGAUUCGUCUUCUUUGUUUCUAUAGGGGGUGUGUGAUUCAUCACUAUAUGGACGCCCACCAUUUAUUUAUGUUUGUUUAGGGACUAGUGCAAUAUUACGCAGUAAAAUAACUGUACAUCUAUUUGUUAAACAAAAAAAGAAACAAAAAAUGAGUAAUUCAUAUGUUGUUGAACAGAUUUUGGCUAAACGAAUAAAUAAAAGUAGUGGCAAUGUUGAAUAUUGUUUAAAAUGGAAAGGAUAUCCGAAAUCAACUUGGGAGCCAGCAAAAAAUCUUACCAGUUGUAAACAAUUAUUAGAAGAAUUUGAAAAAAAUGAGAAUAAAGCUGAAACAUCAAAAGAUAAAUCAACAUUAAAAAAUGGCAAUGAACAUAAUGAUACAUUAAUUCGUCAUACACGUUCUCAUAAUAAAGUAUCUCAGUCAACAAUAUCAUUAAAUGGACGUCAUAAACGACAAGAAAAUGAUGAUAAUUCAGAACAUUCAUCAACAACAACAUCGAACAACAAUGUCAAAAAAGAGCCUAGUAAACGCCAUCUUGAUAAUAUACUUAAUAAUAAUAAAAAAUCUUCAACAUCAUCGUCACGAAUAGCAACCACAAGUCAUGAUCACACUAGUCAAUCUCGAAAACGGCGUUUUAUUGAAAGUAUCAACGGUUCAAAUGAUAUUGAAGAAUAUGGUGAUAAAAAAAAGAGAUCAUUGGCAAGAGUAACAUCAACACCCAUUGAUAUCGUUUCUUCAAAUGAUCCAAAUCCAUUUGAUGUGUUAAAACUUGAAUUAGAACAAAUUUUAGAUGUUCGUACAAUGAAUAGAGAUGGUACUUAUUAUUUAUGUAAAUAUAAAAAAAUGAGACCACAAUCUCAAUGGGUACAUAAAAAACAUUUAAAUUCUGUUAUGGGAAAAAUUGUCGAUUUUUGGGAACAAAAUCAUGAUAACGAUAAUCGCACUUAA